GGACAGACGACUAAUAAGAUUCCUCUGGCGCCUCGCCGCUUGCGGGGUACGGCAAGCUGCUUUAUACGUCUCUCAUCAUCGCCUCAAGGCUCGUGUCACCCGAACGCAAAUAAAGAGCAAACUUUUUUGCUUAGUGCUUCCUUAAGCUCGCAUGUGUUACUCCGUGGAUAUUGACAUCAACACCGGAUACUCUAUUCUUCUUUGCGAGGCAAUUCCCCUCAAAAUUUAAACCUGCAAUUUGAUGCUUUCAACCUUGAGAUCAUACAUCAUGACAACGCCAAAGCCUGAUCCUCCGGCUCCUCUCCAGUCAACUUGGCACGUCGCCGCUGCAGCUGGGGAGCCUAUCGCCAUGGUUCGUGUACGCAAUCUGCAGGGUGUGUUGCCCGUGGGCCGGGAUGCCUGGGGCCGGCCCAACAAGCCGCAGCCGGCGUUGAUCAGCACCGAAGUCUCGUUCGCACGCCCUUUUGGCGCUGCGUCCGAGUCCGACAAGGUGAAUGCAGAAACAGCACACUAUGGAAACCUGAGCAAGAACCUGCUCAACAGCUUGAAGAUAUUCGAGUCCUCGAGCCCGCCAAAGAAUCCCGCCGUUGCGGCCAAGGCGGAGGCGGAGGGACCGAGCUCGGGGGACGUUUUCGAGCUACUGUGGGUUGGGCUCACUGGCCGGGUGGUGGAUGGGAGCUUGCGCGCUCUGCCGUUAGAUCGGGUCCCUUUCCUAGACACAGACCGGCUAAGGGGUCUGUCUCUAACUGUGCACCUGCCCAAGGCAAGCCUACUGGGUUCGGGUGUGAGCUUGACAGUAACAGCCUGCUUUCAAGAGGGACCAGAGAAGAAUCCGCUCAAGAGCUAUGCUAGGAGUUUGAAGAUACAUGAACUACGAGUCCCUGUCCUUAUCGGGGUAAACGAGAAUGAAAGAAAGGCGAAGCAGAUGGUGAUUGCAGACGUGGAGAUCGACAGGUUAGACAUCGCACGGGAUAUUCACCCGGAGCUUGAGAACAUCAUAACUGAGACAAUGGCAGCCUCCUCAUUUGAGACAUUGGAAGCGCUAGGAGCGCUUGUGACCGGAAAGAUUCUCGAUGAAUUCAAGUUCGAGGAUAGGACAGGACGAGAAAGAGGUUGGCAGGUGAAGAUAACGCUAGGUAAGCCCAUUGCUGUGCCAUUUGCAGAUAGUCCAGAAGUAGUUAUCAAGGCAGGAGCAGAUCUGUAAUAAACAGCAAAUUUCAUA